GUUUUAUGUUUAGCAUAAAUAAAAAAUUCACCAUGUUGCAAAAUAAUAUUCGCUUUGAAGAACAUUUCAAAAUUUUAUUUAAUAUGUGGGAAUAUUCACUUUGUGUAGUUCAUUGCAAAAGUACAAAUGAAUUCGAUGAUGAGGGCGUUGCGGAGCUGGAAUCCCGUCUGGAGGAUGUCAACCUGGAGGACAUCGGAGCCCGGCACCGUCGCGAGCGCAAGGAACUGCAGGCCAAGCUGCAGGCCAUGAAGAAGAAUGCGCCGAAGAACAAUAAAAACAAGCGCAAGGAGUUCCUGGAGGAGAUGACCCGCCUGGAGGGAGAGCUGGAGCAGCGCCACAAGGCGGAACUCAAGGCGGCGGAAGCCAUGGAGGCUCCAGAGGUGCUGGAAGUCAGGGAGCCAGCGGAAAAGCCGGAAAUCAAAGUGCCAGAUGAAGAGGAAGAUGAGGAAAAGGAGGAGCAGCUGUCGUCCAAUCAGCGCGUUUCCAAGGCACAGAAACGCCGGGAUAAGAAGGCCAAGGAGGCACGUGCACGCGAGGCUGAGAUCAAAACUGAGCUGCAAAAUGCGGCCAAUCAGCCAACACCCAAGUUAAUCGAAUUGCAGCAGAUCACAGCAAAGCUUUCCCAGCGCCAGUUAUGCCUUCAUAAUAUACCCUCCGAUGGCGACUGCUUGUACCAAUCCAUCAGACACCAACUCAUCGUCAAUGCUCUUCCAGGUCACAGUGUUCAGGAGUUGCGGGAGGAGACUGCGAACUAUGUGCGUGCACACAAGGACUCGCUCAUCUCCUACAUGGUCCAUCCGGAAACGGGAGACCUUCUGAACGACGAGCAAUUCGAACAGUACUGCCACGACAUAGCCAAAACUCACGCUUGGGGUGGCCACAUAGAACUGAAGGCCAUAUCAUCGCUACUCCGAGUGCCCAUUGAAGUCAUCCAAGCGGAGGGAGCACCGACGCUCCUGGGACAAGAGGAAUUUGGCGGAUCACCGCUGGUCAUCUGCUACCACCGCCACAUAUACCAACUGGGCGCCCACUACAACUCCACAGUGCCAGCAGCCUGAAGGGGAAAUGCCCAAUGACACCCACCAACUCAACUCACUCGAUUUCGUAACAGAUUGUUUUAUUACAUAUUAUGUUGACUUUAUAAAUACGUAUGCAUUUGGAAGAUUUGAAUUAUUGUCAAAAAUUGCAAGUAUGUAGUAGUUAUAUACAAUAAUAGUCAAUAUAAUAACAAUUCUAGGUUAGCUAGCAACUUAGUUAGCUGGAUUUGUUCUAAGAAAAUA